CAUAGUUACUAUGGAGACAAUUUGCCAUGUGUUCCGUUUAGUAAAAUUUUUUCGCUGUUCUCAUUCCGUUUUCAAAUUCUCAAUUUAAUUCCUAUUAAACAUGGCAAUUACUCAAUUCUUGUUUAGCGAUUUCAAUGUCGGUAUAUUUACCGGUAUCAGUGUUGGUCUGGCGAUUAGCCUUUAUUUUAGAUCUAAACCAUCUCCUCUAAGUUUUCUUGAAAAUUUACGCCAAAUCGUUAUGGGAAGUAAACCAAAAAGUCCUGAAGGAGAUGUUGAAUAUAAAAUGGUUCUGGUUGUAAAUCAAAAGCUCAAGAUGGAAAAGGGUGUGAUAGUUGGACAAUGUGGUCAUGCUGCUAUCUCGGCUUUCACGAAGACUUUGAUCAAAGAUUCAUCCAAAGCUGAUUAUUGGGCAUCGCAAGGAUCUAAAAAGAUUGUUCUCAAAGGUACUGACGAUGAGCAUUUGGAAAACCUUGAGAAAUUAGCCAGUGACGAAGGGCUAAUAACAGGGUUGAUUCGAGAUUCUGAAAGAUCGGCAGAAAAGCCAAAUGGGUCAGUAACAGCUCUUGCUAUAGGACCAGAUCAAGCUACUGCAAUCAACAAAAUUGUUGGUGGCCUCAAAUUGUAUUGAGAUGGAUCAAAAACGAAUAUUCAUUAUUCUCUGUGACAAAUUCGAUUGUUAAUCAAUCAAUUACUUUGUGGGUUUUCACUACGAGGGAUUCAACUACUAAUUUAAUAAAACUAAAAGCCAAUUCAAACAAA